CCGGCACAGGGCAGCGAGGGCAUCGCUCCCCAACACACACACACACACCGCCUGACCGCCGGCAUGGAAGGGUGAAGCGAGCGGCAGUCAGCGGGUUCAUGGACCGGGGGAUCCAGGCCGACGGUCAAGAGCGCAGCUUCGCGGGGGAGGUAGCUGUAUCCAUUUGGGAGGCUGGCAUAUCCAAGGGGUAUCAUGAAGUUUUCAGGACCCUUGGAGAGCCAGAGGCUGUCCAUCCUUUUGGAGAAGGCAGUCUCUAGGGAAGCACAAAUGUGGAAGGUGUACGUGCCAAAGUAUCUAACCAAUCAGGACACAGAUAUCUCUCCAGCACAGCGGGAUGAGGUGAUUCAAUGGCUGGCUGAACUGAACAGCACAUUUUACUUUUAUCCAGAAACCCUUUCUCUUGCCAUCACUAUUUUGGACAGGUUUUUGGCUCUGGUAAAGGCCCGUCCAAAAUAUCUGCGGUGCAUAGCCAUCAGUUGUUUCUUCCUGGCAGCUAAAACUAAUGAAGAAGACGAGAUCAUUCCAUCUCUGAAGGAUAUGGUAAAGAAUAGCAACUGUGGUUGUUCGUCUGCAGAUAUUCUGCGAAUGGAAAGGAUUAUACUGGAUAAGCUAAACUGGGAUCUACAUACAGCAACGCCUUUGGAUUUCCUUCACGUUUUUCAUGCUAUGAUGAUGUCCAGCCGUCCCCAGUUGCUCAGCAACCAGCUGAAGAUGAACCCAACCCAACAUAUUGCACUCCUUAUCAGGCAGCUACAGCAAUGUGUGGCCUGUCACCAGCUUCUGCAAUUCAAGGGCUCUACACUUGCACUGGCCAUCAUCAGCCUCAAGCUGGAAACAUCAAUUCCUGAUUGGCUAGCUCUCACUAUUGAUCUAAUGAAAAAAGCAAAGAUUGAUAGCUUACAGUUAAUUCGCUGUCGAGAACUUGCAGCUCGACACCUUUCCACAUUUCCGCCUUCCCAACCACCCAAUGCAGUGUACAUCUACAACCCCUGCAAGCAAACCAUGGUCUUGUGUGGUAGGGGAGUGCUUAGGCUUUAUUCCUCCCCUACCACAGAGCCAGAGUUUAUCAAGGACACCACCAAAAGAAUUGGCAGUACAGCAGCACCAUACCGAUGCCUGCCUGCUUCUUCCAGCUGCAAGCAAGCCUCGGCAAAACGCAAAGUAGAAGAAAUGGAUGUGGAUGAUUUCUAUGAUGGGAUAAAGCGUUUGUAUAAUGAGGACAGCAGUCAAGAGGUUGUGGGGAUGGAUGCAGUAACCUCCAGUUGUAGCACAAAUCUACAGAUUAAAGAGGGCAGUAUCUCUCCAUGUCCUCCACUUCAUCCUGUUACAGUCAUCUAACUGGGCAAAAUGAUUAAGGUUUAAGGCUGAAGCUGCUGUAACACAGAAGCAGAUUUGUUGAAGGGCAUACCUUACCAGGCUGAAAUGAAGUGAGCCAAACAUUUUCAUGCUGCUAAUUUUAGUCUAAUCAUUUAUUCAAGCACUCAUUUUAAAAAGUAUAAAAAAAAAGAAUGUAUUUAAAAAAAAUUAAAAGACCCAAAAACUGGAACAAAAAAAGUUGUAGCAAUUUUAAACAGUUUUCUCUCUAGUGUUGUCAGUAUAAUUGCAUCCAUUUCUAAAUCUGUUUUGUGCCAUCUGUUUCCUCUGCAAGUCCACAAUUAACUGUGUGACACUCAAUUUUACAAACUAAUUGUUGCUUACUGUCUAAUUUUGACUUGUAGUUCCUUGUGCUUAUAGAUACGUUUGAUGUGCAUGUUGUCUUCUACAUCCUGAUCUUUGCUGAAGAGGAUUUUGGAGAGGAGAGUUUAUGGAGCUCUUCAGGAUAUAUAAUGUUAAACAAAAUUUGUCAAACAAAUAAAUUUUCUUGGAUAGCCAAGCUGCUUGCAAAUUGCUGCGAGAGCUAAAAUUGUUGGGAGGUUUUGGUUAUGCACAAGAGAAGUUUUUUUUAAUACUGAAAUGCCAUGCAGAUUUUUUUAUAAUGGAAACAGCACUUUUGAGUUUUAUUUCCUAUGAUUUGGAAGAUGUACUGUUUUUUAAAGGAGGAUAUCGUUGAUUUUAUGUGAAUUCUAUGCGUUUUAUAAAUUAAUGCUAAAAUCAGUUAACUGAAGUGGUGUACCACUGUCUAGAAGAUGCCUAUUUAUUUGUCCUUUAAUUAAGUUGUGCCAUUGUUGGGAAACCAUGAACUUGCCAUAAAUGUGCAUCAGUUUUGCUUACAGAAAUCUGAGCUUUAAACAUUUUAUUGAAAAACCAUAGACAUAGUUCACAUCACAGUGUGUUUCAUUACCAGGAAUUCACAUAAGAUCAAUAAUGAUUCUAUAGGGGCAGUUAUUUAAAAUUAAACUUUCUUUAGCUCCACUAUGCAUUAAUUGAUCCUGGAAAAGUGACUGUUGUUUAUUUUUCCUACUUAUUUCAUAAAUCAUCUGACCUGGUGGGCACAGUGCUCUCUCCACAGUCUGAAAAAGGUACUGCAUACUUUUUGAAGAAUUGCAGUUGUACUGCUAAGGUGCUUUGGCAGCAAUAAAAUUGUCCUUGACUGAAAAA